ACUACCUCUAAGUAUUACUUCGUACUAACUAACUUAAAUUAUCACGAACCUUAGUUUCCUUCUAACCGUAUCUUUAAUAUCCACCAUCUCACUUGAACUACUCUAGAUAUUUGAUAACAGCAACAUCAGAGUGUAAAUUACGAUCAAAUACGUUCUCAAGUCAACAUGUCUUCUUCCCUUCUUCAUCCGCCUAGCCACUUGUCCCCUGCUGUAGCCUUGCGGCAUUCACAGCAAGCUCCGGCUAUACUUGGGAAGUCUACAGGUGCCAUCUCAACCUCUCUUUUCCAAUCUCUACUCUCAGCCCCCGAAACAUCCGAAUUAUGGACUACCUAUGAAAAUCUCUUAUUAUCAUGCCUUCGGACUGGAGACGACGAGUCAGCCCAUCAUUGCCUCGCAAGACUAGUGAAUAGGUUUGGCAAUGACAACGAACGUAUCAUGGCCUUGAAAGGCCUCCUUAAAGAAGCUGAUGCCAGCGAUUCCGCUACUUUAAAUGUUAUCCUGAAAGAAUAUGAACAGAUCUUACAGGACAACCCAACUAAUAUCCCUAUUUUAAAGCGCCGUGUAGCCUUGUUGCGGUCUGUUGGACGGACCUCCGAGUCUGUCAGUGUUCUGAUAUCGCUUCUCGAUAUCUCUCCUACCGACGCAGAGGCGUGGGCUGAGCUUGCUGAUCUCUAUUUUUCACAAGGACUAUACUCUCAAGCUAUCUUUGCGCUUGAAGAGGUUCUUGUCCUACAACCAAAUGCUUGGAAUGUACACGCUCGUCUCGGCGAAGUAUUGUUCAUUGCUGCAAAAUCGUCAGAUAACGCAAGUCAAUUAGGCGAGGCUAUAAAACGCUUCAGCAGAAGCAUUGAGCUCUGCGAUGGCUAUUUACGAGGUUACUAUGGUCUUAAACUGACUACGAAACAGCUUCUUCUGGGUGACCCAUCUAAGGUAUCACAAAGCCGGACAACUUCCGACGGGUUUGCUAUACCCGAUUCGGUUACACUUAGCAAACUUGAUGAAGUGGCCACCGAGAAACUCGCAGAGAUAGUCCGACGCAGUUCAUCAGGCGAAAAAGGUUGGCAGGGUUACGAUGAGGCUGAAGUCAAGGCAGCCAAAGAGCUUCUUGAGAAUGACACAGCUGUAGUCAUUAGGUGAGAAGCUACUGUCAUGUUGUAAACAUUACACUAGGUUAGGGAUUCGAGUCGUUCUUCCGCGACGCUCGCCUUAGCCUCAUUCGCGUGGCCGAGUUUCUUGCAGGAGUUGCAAGUCGUUGGGUAACGAAUAGGGAGAAGGUCCAUUUAGCAUGCGCAGAAAGGGGAGAGUUGUUAAUUGGUGCCCCAGGCGGAUUUCGUAUCUGGAGCGGUGGGACUUGGGCAGGCAGACGUGUCCACUAGUCUGGGUAAUACUGGGUAAUGCCGAUUUGGCCAACAAGUACCCUGCCGGACGUUUGUUCCUACAGUACGAGUAGCACGUGGCUCCAGUCGCGCAGUCUUGGUCGUUGUGAAUCAGAAAGGCGGCGUUGCAAUCGAAUGACUGAGAAUUUAUCAAGUGGCUCGCAUUCUUAGUGCCUUACUAUUUGGCAUGUAUAUAUGUCUGGAUGCACUGUAACCAUAUAGGUACCAUAUUAUGAUAUUUGGGCAGCAAACCCGCCACAUCGUCGGGCAGCGUCUAGCCAUAAGCUAAUCGGAGUUCCACAGCCAGAGACAUCUAAGACGGGUCCAGCCGCAGACAAGUCUCUGCAUCCAU